GCUUAAAUUAAAAUGUCAGUUAAAUUUGUCAAAUGUCACGACAUUAUGGAGGAUAACCAAGUUUGUAGUAGGUUGAACUAAUAAUAUCGCGUUUCUCGUUUCUAUAAAAUAAGGAUAAUUGAAGCUAGGCCCAAAGUUGUCACAAUUAUGAGGAGAAAAGCAAGAAAUGCUUGGAAAAAGAAGACAGAGGUUAACAAUCAAGUAGAAGUUACUACUCAUGAAGUAACAAAUAAAAAUGAACAUGACAAAGUAGAAAAAAAUAAUGAGGAUGAUAAAAUAGCAGGUAAUAUUGAUAAUAGUAACGUAGCUGAUCCAAUUAGUUAUACAGAAGUAUCUGGUGAGGAUAAAAACGAAAAUAAUGACAGGGAAGAUGAGGAGCAAGAUCAAGAGAGCACACAAGGUAAGUCAACAGGUUUAAAUCCUGAUCAAACUUCGAAUAAUAUUGAUAAUCAAUCUGAAAUUGAAAAUGACAAUGUACAGGGGUCUACCCCAUCACCUAAAGCUAAUGACGAAAGUGUACAAAAUGAGAAUGUUACAAACGAAGAUGAUGCUGUAGCUACAAAUGAGGCUGAUACCGCUUCUGAGUCUGCACCUGCAAUAGAAAAUGAACAAACAGAACAUGAUCAACAAGAAGAAGCUUUUGAAAGCAGUUAUGUUAGCCACCAUCAAGAAAAUUCUGAUAGUAGUAAUCAUAAAGACACUAAAGAUAAUGAACGUUCACAUACUCCUGAGCUCAAAGCGAGAAGUGAAAGUGUAUAUGAUAAAAAGCGUAUUGUAUUGAAAAGAUCACCUAUUCACAGAUCCCCUUCGCCAUUAGAAGACGGUGAGAUAAAAGAACCUCAGGAUAAACCAAAAAAAAUUACCCUGAAGAGAUCCAGCAACAGUAAUUCCGAUUUUAUUAAUAAGAUUAUUAUUAACAGAAGACCGUCAGGUGGAACUGAUAAGUCCAAGAAAAGUGGACAUAAUACAGAGGGAAGGACGCAUAUAGUAAUAGCUCGACCAAUACAACCAUCGAAACCAAUAAAGCUAAACAGAAAUGCUUUGUUAUCGGGAGAGGAAGAUCUUCCAGUCCCUCCCACAUCUCCGCAUCCGCAUAGGUCGUGGGGCAAAAGCGACUGGCUGGAAAAUCUUUCUGCUACAUCAUACAAAAUAGAUGUGGAUACCAUCAAAAUUGUUUGCCCGUCUGUACAGUUUUUGGAUGAGUCUGAAGUAAAACUUGAAGAUGUUUGUAAAGAAGCAAUCAGAGCUGAAGUCGACGUAAAGAAGAGGAUCGUGAAAAAAGAAGAAGAAAAGAGUGACGAAGAAUCUGAAAAGGAAAAAUCUGAAGAGGAAGAUUCUGCGGAGGAACAAAAGAAAUCAGAAAUUACCACCAAUCCCAAUAUAAUUGCUGUGAACAGAAAGAUUAGCAUUGUAGACGACACUGCUGCAAAAUUGCGUCCACCACCUAGCCCCGCUAAAAAUCCGCCUUCCAAUAUACUAUAUAUCACCAAUUUAGUCAGGCCGUUCACUGCAAAACAACUACGGGAAUUGUUGGAGAGGACUGGAAAGAUAAAGGAAGGCAGUUUUUGGACAGACAGGAUCAAGUCAAAAUGUUACGUUCAAUAUGAAAGUCUUGAGGAAGCUGAAACUACUAGGAAUGCUCUUCAUGGAGUGCAUUGGCCUAUCGGCAACGGAAAACAGCUCAGUAUUGAUUAUGGUACUGAGGAAGAAAUGGAAAAAGCGAAGAAUCCUAUACCAACACCGAUAGUGCUUCCUGUAAAAUCACCUGAGAAGGAAAAUAGGGAACCUGAAUUAGACAUUAGACGAAGAGAUCGUGAAAGGGAUAGGGAUCAAGAAAAGGAGGAAAGGAGAAAGGAUCAUUCAGAGAGGGAAUGGAUUAAGAAGGAAGAACCACGUAGACAGCGUUCAAGAAGUAGAAGUAGAGAAAGGGUUAGGAAACAUAGUCGGAGAUCGUACACUCCAGAAAUUGACAACAGAAAGAAGCACAAGAAACCGGAAGAACCGGUACCACAAAAAUUAAUGGAUGACCUAUUUUUGAAAACUAAGACUACACCGAGCAUAUACUGGCAACCCCUUUCUCCACAAGAGAUUGCAACUAAGCAACAGCAGAGACUGGUGCGUAUGGAGGAGCACAAGCGAAGAAUCGAGGAAAACCGAGGGCGUUUCCGAGAUAGAGAAAGAGACAGACGUGGCACCUUCAGACGGCGCUGACGUUUGCCUUACUUUUUUAGAUAUUUCAGGAAUUGAUUUACGAUUUUUUGGUGUGAAAGAUAAAACCGUAUGCAUGUUGUAUUUAAUUCCUUUCCUAGAUUUAGAAAUGAUUUUUAAACGAUUUUUCCUCGUCCUUGUGAGAAUGUGGUAUGUAUGAUUUCAGUAAUACUGAUUGUUAUAGGGCUCCAGAUUGUCUCCGACGUGACGAAAGGACCCCCGUUGGAAAGUUCUUCAACGAAGGAGUCUUUUUUGUUACAGUUUUGAAGAAGAUGCUUAAAAUGUUUUAUUUCAUUCAAGAGGUUUACUUUUUCUGAUAUACCAACAGUAUAACCAACAACAACUUAGUUCAACACUUGUGAGAUGUACAUGUUUAAUGUACUUUUAUAUAGGAAAAAAAAAAGAAUUAUUAAAAUUAAAUUUUAGAAAGA